CAUACCGUCCAUUUGCUGCCGUCGUCAUUCCUGGGCUUGUUUUAACAGAUUGUGUCCAGUUGGAGGUUAAUACUGGAACCAGCUGGAGUGGAAUAGGGACUUUUUAAGGAUGUCCCGACAACAACUGGCCGUGCAGCGGGCCAGGAAGUCCUUCCAGACGGGAAAAACCAAACCUCUGGAAAGCAGGAUCCACCAGCUGAGGAACCUGCUCCGCUUCGUUACAGAGAGACGGAAGGACAUAGCAGAGGCUGUCAAGAAGGACCUCAGCAAGAGUGAACAUGGGACGGAGCUAUUUGAGACACUGGGAGUGGAGGGUGAGAUCAAGCUCGCUAUCGAGAAGCUAGCCGAGUGGGCAGCUCCUCGGCCAGUGGAGAAGAGCCUCCUCACUGUAUCGGAUGAGGUCUUCGUGCAUCCCGAGCCCCUUGGAGUGGUCCUCAUCAUUGGUGCUUGGAACUAUCCCUGGGCUGUCACCCUGCAGCCGCUGGUCGGAGCUAUUGCUGCCGGUAAUGCAGCUGUAAUAAAACCAUCUGAGGUCUGCUGUCACUCUGCUAAGGUCAUGGAGGAGCUCCUCCCUCGGUAUCUGGACAAGGACCUGUACCCGGUAGUGACCGGUGGAGUGCCAGAAACCCAGGAGCUGCUCAGGCAGAGAUUUGACCACAUUUUCUACACGGGCAGCAGCACAGUAGGCAAACUGGUGAUGGAAGCUGCGGCUCGCAACCUCACCCCAGUCACCCUGGAGCUGGGAGGGAAGAGCCCCUGCUACAUCGACAAGAACUGUGACAUCACUGUUGCGUGCCGUCGCAUCACGUGGGGAAAGUUUGUCAACUGUGGACAGACGUGUAUCGCUCCGGACUACGUCCUGUGUGAACCCUCCAUCCAGAGCAGAGUACAGGAGGAGAUCAAGAACUGCAUCAAGGAGUUUUACACAGAUGAUCCAAAGACUUUUGAGGACUACGGACGAAUCAUCAACAAGCGGCAUUUUAAGAGAAUCAUGGCUCUCAUGGAGGGCAGCACAGUUGUUGUUGGUGGAGACUCUGAUGAAUCCCAGUGCUAUAUAGCUCCCACUGUGCUGAAGAACGUUACAGGCGAAUCCAAAGUGAUGAAGGAGGAGAUCUUCGGGCCACUGCUGCCCAUCAUCACAGUGAGUGGUGUGGAUGAGGCCAUCCAGUUUAUUAACGAGAGAGAGAAGCCGCUGGUCAUCUAUGUCUUCUCCAAUGAGAACAAGCUGAUCAAAAGAGUAAUAGCUGAGACAUCCAGUGGAGCUCUGCUGGCUAAUGACUGUCUGGUUCACUUCACUGUCAGCUCGCUGCCCUUUGGAGGAGUUGGUCACAGUGGUAUGGGAUGCUACCACGGUCGCUACGGCUUUGACCAGCUGAGCCACAUGCGCAGCUGCCUAAUCAAACAGCUGAAGAUGGAAGGAGUCAACAGCAUGCGUUACCCCCCACACACUGCCAAGAAACUGGGCUGGGCUCGGUUCUUUCUGCUCAAGCAGAUCAAUUUGGGCAGGCUGCGUCGCAUGAUGCUGCUGGCUAUGUUUGUGGGCGUGGCAUCGUUUGUGGUGCAGUCCUUGUACCUGAUAGUUUUAAGCCACGUACCAGCGACCUAUGAAUCAUUCAAGUGUAUAAAAGGCACCGAAGUCAAGGAAUCAAACAGUAUUGUCUACCAGAGGUGGGACCAAGUCAUUGUUUUGCAAGUCUCAAAGGUUCCUGCGAUGAAGCUCAGCGGGUAGAUGGCGCUGUGCCGGCGCUGAGGCGAUCCCGGGACAGCCACACGGACUAAUCACAGCAAUGCAGAUGUUUCACGCUCCAUGAUAUUUCACUGAUAUUUGUUUUUCUUCUGUUAUUGUUGCAUCUCCUUUCUGUUACACGUUUAGCUACACUUUGAGUUUAAUUCUUCAGUAUUCACUCUGGUAGAUAUUGAAAAUACAAACCUGUCUGUGAUGCUGUGAUUCUUUUAAGAAUAAAAACAAAAUCACUGUUAACUCCUGCUUUAGAGGUAAGCCAGCAAGAUGCCAGCUCUCCGUGUUAAUGUCUGUUCUGCCUGCUGUUGAACAUCAAUAAAAAGUUCAUAGUCAGAGA